AUGUCGACCCGAUUGAGCCAGCGAUCAAAUCGGCUACUUCGUCGACGAUUGUUUGUGGUGGUGGAUGCAUUCGUGCUGCUGAGCGUGCUGCAACUGGAGGAUGUCCAGCGUGUGAGUGCCCUGCAGAUGGCUGUCCUUGCACCAAGUGCGGUUGCCCAAUUUGCGGUCCACACCAAAUGGCUUCAAAUCCUACGCCCUGCUGUGGAGGUAACGAAGCUAGACAGCGCGCAGCUGCAGGCAAUUGUCCUGCAUGUGGUUGUCCUACAAAUGGUUGUCCUUGUACAGGCUGCAAAUGUCCAGUUUGCAUGUCAUCGUAAGCUGCUUCUACCAUGA